AUGGCCUGGCCCCGUUGGCCAGCACUGCCAGCCAUGGAGAGAACCACGGUGCUGAUCACAGGCUGCUCCUCAGGCAUCGGCCUGGGGCUGGCUGCACGCCUGGCGGCCGACACCACUCGCCGCUUCAAAGGUAAAGUCGAUGCUGCCCCGGGGGGUCCAACAGCCCCAGCUGGUCUCUGGGCUGGACCAGGCAGCGCCUCACCAAGGAAAACAGAGCGUGGGGGUGGGCUGGGGUUGGUGCUGGCCGCACAGCUUGGUGGCCACACUCUCUCCCCAGUUUAUGCCACCAUGCGCGACCUGGCCAAGGGUGAGCGGCUGCUGGAGCGCCUGGGGGGCUGCUGCCCUGACACGCUGGAGGUCCUGCAGCUUGAUGUCACUGACCCACGCUCACUGGCAGCUGCUGCACAGCGGGUGCAGGGACAGUGCCUGGAUGUGCUGGUCUGCAAUGCAGGGGUGGGACUGAUGGGACCGCUGGAGACCUGCUCCGACCAGGCCAUGAAAACUCUCUUCGACGUGAACCUCUUUGGGACUGUCCGCACCAUCCAGGCAUUCCUGCCUGCCAUGAAGAGCCGCAGGGCCGGGCGGAUCAUUGUCUCCAGCAGCAUUGGGGGGCUGCAAGGGCUGCCCUUCAAUGCUGUGUACUGUGCCAGCAAGUUUGCAGUGGAGGGGCUGUGCGAGAGUCUGGCCAUCGUCCUGCGCCCCUUCAACAUCCACCUGACGCUGGUGGAGUGCGGGCCCGUCCACACCAGCUUCCUGGCCAACCUACAGCGCCCCGACCCUGAGGGCAGCGAGAUGCGGGGCCUGGACGUCGCGACACAGGGGCUGUACCGCCGGUACCUGUGGCACUGCCAGAGCAUCUUCCGCGACGCGGCCCAGGAGGUGGAGGAGGUCCUGCCGGUGUUCCUGGAGGCCAUCGGCAGCCCCUGCCCACCCCUCCGCUGUGCCAGCACCCAGCUCCUUGCUCCGCUCUGGCCCCUGCGGCUGAGCAGCCCCGACGGCUCCGCGUACGUCCGCGCCAUGCACGACUUCGUGUUCGGCGGCAGCGAGGCCGGCGGGGAGCAGCCCUGAGCGGAGCCACCGGAACCCCGGAACCCGCUGCCCAUGCG